UGACAGACCGCACGUGCCUAAACACCUGCUAGAGCGAGCUUUCUCGCUCAAGUUUUACAUCGCGCUUCUCGGCGCGUGGGUUGGCGUUCUCAUUUUCUUUUUCUUUGCUUGUUUUUACAUUCAUGCCUUUGGAAACUCGCUCAUGCAGUUCAUCCUCGAUUGGCCUCUCCGCUCCGUGUUUCCUCGUCUCAACAUCUCCGUGGAGCCCACUCGAGAAGUUAUCAGCCAGUGCGGACCGUCGAUAUGACAUGUUUAUUGUAGUUGGGCGAUAACAGUGAAUGCAUGACAAUCUUUUGAAUGGUUGUGAGUGAGUAUAUGCCAUGAAUACCGUUUCCGGGCAGCACAAGUGGCCGAGCUCUUGCUUGGUACAGUUUAAGAACUGCACCAUAUUACGUAAUCAUGAAUUGAUUGUAGAAGACCUCUGGGUUAGGAACAACGUUAUUGUGAACCCUGAGCCCAUAUUUUUCGACGAGCGGGUUACUGCUGACAUCCAACUGGACUGCAAUGGAGCCAUCAUUGCACCAGGCUACAUUGAUCUCCAGAUUAACGGAGGCAUGGGUGUAGAUUUCUCCCACAGUGUCGACACAAUUGUAGAGGCUGUUCAAAAGGUGGCCAAGGGCGUCCUCCCGUUUGGAGUGACAUCUAUGUGUCCAACCAUUGUGACUUCAACUCCGGACGUUUACCGAAAGGCUUCUGGUGUCCACCUGGAAGGUCCAUUCAUCAGCAAGCACAAGAAAGGCGCCCACAAAGCCCAGCUUAUCCAGGACCUGUCGGGAGGCUUUGAAAGUCUCAUGCAUGUGUAUGGCUCUUUGGACAGUGUGGCCAUUGUCACGAUGGCACCUGAACUGGAUCCUGACGGCAAGGUGAUCCAGGCACUCGUUAAAAAGGGCGUCACAGUCUCUAUAGGACACUCUGAGGCUAAUCUAGUUCAAGGUGAGAAGGCAAUGCAGGAUGGAGCAUCAUUCAUCACCCACCUCUUCAAUGCAAUGUUACCAUUUCACCACAGGGAUCCAGGGCUGGUUGGACUGCUAACCUCUAAAAAACUUCCAGAGGAAAAAAAUGUUUUUUAUGGAAUCAUAGCUGAUGGCAUCCACACCCACCCUGCUGCAUUGCGCAUUGCUUACAAAGCGAACUCCAGAGGCUUGACGCUGGUCACCGAUGCAAUGUCAGCCAUGGGUCUCGAAGCAGGUGUCCACUACAUAGGGGAGAAUAAAGUUGAAAUUCUCGGCAAGCGAGCUGUGAUUGCAGGAACAACUACGCUUUGUGGAAGCAUUGCAACAAUGGAUUUCUGUGUCCGAUAUUUGCAGAAAUCAACAGGAUGCACUAGUGUCGAGGCUCUUGAAUCUGCGUCUUUGCAUGCUGCUGAAGUUCUUGGCAUCCAGAAACGCAAAGGGACACUCGAUUUUGGUGCAGACGCUGACUUUGUGGUGCUCGACAGCAACCUUCAUGUGCUGUCCACUUGGAUAGCUGGAGAAUGCGUCUGGAUGAAACCUGGAGCUCAACUCACUGUUAUAUAUGCCAAGCCUAAUCUUAUUUCAAGGAGCUAGGAAGUUGUAUUGGAAUUAAGAAAGUGUGUAAUUAUAUAUAUUUGGUAAAUUGACAAUGAACAUGACAAAGUGUACCUAGCACGAGAUAUGGCCAGUUUAUUUAA